AUGGUGGAGGUGCAGUGCGAGGCCGCGCCAGAGACGGAAGCCCCCGGGGCAAAUGAGGAUAGCCUUGAAACUGCGACGGCACAUGCACUCUGGUUGAACAUGGAGGUUCGCCCUGGCUCGAGAGAGGUGAACGUCGGCGGGGGCGGCACACCAAGGGCACUCCCAAGGGACAUUCUCUACAACGCGGCCGAACUCCUGGC